AUUACACAAAAUUAUACUUACGGAUAGAAUUUAUUUUUAAACUAGUUUUUAUUGUGUUCAAUCGAUACCUUAAACUGUUGGAAGUGAAUAAUUAAAGCAUAUAAUCAAAAGCAAUAAUUGUAUUAAGUAGAAAUAAGUAUUAUACAUGUUAUAAUAUUAAGUUACUUUUAGAAGAAUGUAAUGGCCGUGCACAAUUGUCAAUAUUGAUUAUUGAGUGUUUGGAAGCUAUGUUAUUAGUCAAGAAUGUGGUCAUGGAGGAUUAUUAUUGGAGCAAAUAUCUGCCGUUGCUGCUCGGUUUAGUCUGGCGUCUGGAUUUGGCGCAGGGUUUAAAGUGUUUCUGCAACUUUGAGAGCUGUCCGAACUCUACAUGUGAGACUGAUGGGUACUGCUAUGCAUCCACAACGCUGGACAAAGGCUUGCUCAAACAUACUUACCACUGUAUCGAGCGCAAAUUACUGUUCCCCAUCGAGCAUCCGUUCAGGUGCGCCUCCUCGAAAGCUAAAAAUGACUCGCUGGUGAUUCAGUGUUGCGACUCGUACGACAUGUGCAACCGAGACCUGCGCCUGGAGAUACCGAGGAAGCCGCCAGAGCCGGGCCCGUCCGCGAUGGCGUGGCACGUGCUGCCGUGGCUGCUGGGCCUCACGGUCCUGGGGGCCUGCGCCGCGCUCAGCCUGUGGUGGGCCCGCCGCGCGCCCAAGGCCCUGAAGCGCGAGUCCCGUUCGCUGUUCGCGCCAGAGGACUCGUUCUGUGACACGCGCCACUCUCUCAAGACGCCCACCAUACAGGACAUGAUGGAUGUGUCCACUGGAUCCGGCUCGGGUCUGCCGCUACUGGUGCAGCGCUCAAUAGCUCGGCAGAUCCAGCUGGCGGACAUCAUCGGCAAGGGGCGCUUCGGUGAGGUGUGGCGCGGGCGUUGGCGCGGAGAGAACGUCGCCGUGAAGAUCUUCUCCUCGCGGGAAGAGUGCUCGUGGUUCCGCGAAGCUGAGAUCUAUCAGACGGUGAUGCUGCGGCACGAGAACAUACUGGGAUUCAUCGCAGCCGACAACAAAGACAACGGCACGUGGACGCAGCUGUGGCUCAUCACCGACUACCACGGCAACGGCUCGCUGUUCGACUUCCUGAACGCGCGCACCGUGGACGCGCGCACGCUUAUCAAGAUGGCGCUCUCCAUCGCGACGGGGCUCGCGCAUUUGCAUAUGGACAUAGUCGGCACUAAGGGCAAGCCCGCCAUCGCGCACCGCGACCUCAAGUCGAAGAACAUCCUGGUGAAGAGCAACCUGACGUGCGUGAUCGGCGACCUGGGGCUGGCCGUGCGGCACAACGUGGCCGGCGACAGCGUGGACGUGCCGUCCACCAACCGCGUGGGCACCAAGCGGUACAUGGCGCCCGAGGUGCUGGACGAGAGCAUGGACGCGCGCCAGUUCGACCCGUACAAGCGCUCGGACGUGUACUCGCUGGGGCUGGUGCUGUGGGAGGCGGCGCGGCGCUGCGAGCCGCCCGACGACUACCAGCCGCCGUACCACGACUGCGUGCCGCCCGACCCGUCGCUGGACGACAUGCGGCGCGCCGUGUGCCAGGAGCGGCGCCGCCCCGCGCUGCCGGCGCGCUGGCAGGCGCAGCCCGCGCUGGCCGCGCUCGCCAAGCUCAUGAAGGAGUGCUGGUACGAGAACCCCGCCGCGCGCCUCACCGCGCUGCGCAUCAAGAAGACGUUGGCCAACGUGCCCCUCGACGAGCUCGGCCGCACGUGAGUGCCCCCCCCCCCACCCCCCGCCGUACCUCCACAGAAAUCUUUAUAACUGCUUUAUGGUGACAAUCAUAAAUGAGUUGCCAUAUACUGGCAUUUACAUAUUUCUGAAAAAUGCAUUCAAAUUGAUGUAUCUCGAAGACAUCUUGUGCUGCUGUGACUGAAAACAAAGAACUUCGAUUUCUCAAAUAUGAUAUUUUUUUAAUAGUGUAAUAUCGUGACACGGUUGACACCACACGACUGAAGUGAAAUUUCUUCAGCUCACCCUCUCAACGUCGGUUCGCUUCGCCUGAUUACACUUUUCGUAACGCAUCACACAUUGUCAGGAAAGACGGAGAUAAUCUUUAGAAACUGAUGGUCACUGGCAAACUGGAAGAAAAGAGGGUGCGGGGUCGCAACCCCAUACGUUGGUCUGAUCAGAUCGGCAGCACACUUGACUCCAUGGUCACAAUAAAAGUGAAAGUCAUGGAUGUAGGUGGUCACUACCCCCAUAUAUGAGGAACAUGGCUGAAGGAGGACUGUCUUGUUAUUUAGAUUUCUGUGGUCUGCUCCCUGUUCCCUGUGUAUAUAUUUUUUUUAUUUCAUCACUGGCACGAUGAGAACCGAAUAUUUUUUUAAACAUAUUUUUUACACAUAUUGACCUUUGAAAAUUUUUUUGUACAUAUUAUAUUCGCGUUGAAUUUUUUGCAUAUAUAAUGAAUUUAUGACCUUAUUUAUUUUAAUUUAAUGAAUUUAUUUGACUAAGUUGAUCACUGAUGUACAUCAAAUUCCAUUUUCUUUUUACUAAUACAAUGACAGCAAGUAAUGUGACGUGAAGCUGUAACUGUGUUGGCAGCAUUCGUGAACACAUACAGAGUCAUAAAAGCAAUAUCAUAAAUUAAUUUAAUUUUUGAAGUUUAAACAGCUGGUUUUCAUUGUUGAUUUAGGUAUAUUUUUAUUUAUUUAUACGCUAUUUCUAAACUCCCAGAGAUUUAACAUAAUGGUCAAUAGUCAUAUAAAUGCUAACAUUCCUGUUGUAAUUUUUUAUUGAUGUCAGUCGGUAGGUAAGGAAUAUAAAAAACCUUAAUCUAAAAGUUGAUAUAAAAUAUAGUUGCGAGAUAUUGGGGAUAUAUAACUAGUUCAAUAGCAAAAUCAAAUUAAAAUUAUCCAAUAUUUAUGUGCGCUGUAACAACCGACCGUUUUGGAUACAAAGAAUUAUGUUACUCUCAAAUCUAACAGCCGGAUGAUAUAACUACACGCCACAAACUCAUAAUAUGAACCGGUGACCAAAACGCCAAACGCAAAACCAACGCAAAGAGUAUAUGAACUAGACUGCGCGAAAAGAAAGAAGUCUUGCGGCUAAAACGUGAACUGAAAUCGUCAGCGUCAUAAUUAUACAAAUGACAACAAGACCGCCAUUACCAAAUGAAAAUGGGCGCCAUUAAGACAUUAGCGCCGCGUCUACAGGACUUGUUUCGUGGCGCGGAGUUCUUCGUCGCGACGGUCGCCAUUUUGAAAAACAUUAUACUAAAAUCGCGACAAUAGCGACACACUCACCAGGUCAGAUAAGUUAGUGGCACUAUAAGUUGCUAUAAGUUGACAGAGUCAAAGCCGGUUUCGACUUACUUUGCCCAAUCACUGACACAGUCAAAGCCGGUUUCGACUUACUUUGCCCAAUCACUGACACAGUCAAAGCCGGUUUCGACUUACUUUGCCCAAUCACUGACACAGUCAAAGCCGGUUUCGACUUACUUUGCCCAAUCACUGACACAGUCAAAGCCGGUUUCGACUUACUUUGCCCAAUCACUGACAAAGUCCAAGCCGGUUUCGACUUACUUUGCCCAGUAUUGACUGGUUUUUACCGGCUGUGAGAUUUAGUAACAUACUUUUUAAGGCACGUAAAAGGGUUUAUAUUUAUUGUAGGCGGAAGUAAUAACAAAUGAAAGUGUUCGUUGAAUUCUUGUAAAUUGGACUAUAGUUAAAAACCUACCUGAAUAUGUAAGUUGUUGGUAUAGUUUUUUGAGUGUAACGACGGCGUAGCACGUAUGUAUGUCUGUGUGUCACUGAGUGUUCCCAAACCUACCUCUUAGAUUGUAAUCGACUAUUUUAGAUUAUUUACUGAUAAUUAUAAUUAUGGAAAAAUAUAUAACGACUCCGCCAUUAUUAGCCGUUUGUUUGUUCAUAAAUUGUAAAAUGACCGAUUGAUUGUCGAAAUUGCAUUUAUUAUAAAAUCGACGAGAGUUUUGAAAUUUGUAGUGAUAUUUUAUGUUACCAAGUGAGUAGUUUAAAGGAAAAAUGAAAUGUUCAAAUGUUCGAUUCCGUUAAUUAAUAUUAUUGCUGCGCAUAAUAUAAAGUAUUCUAAUAUGUGUAAGUCAAUUUUAUAGUUGAACUGAGAUGCGAUUUGCCGAUAGUUUUCGCUGGCAUAUGUAUCGACUUACAACAACUUUGCUUCCAAUAAGUAGUAACUGUGAAUCGUGUAUACAUUUUUCAGCGUUUCCACAUGCUAUUGUGUGUUCGCUAUGCUUGUAUACGUUUUUGUAUCAAUGCAUAUUUUUUCAAUUGUUUUCUGUGAUACAAAUAAAUCGCAGCUAUUGUAAGUUUUAGGUUGUAAACGUAUUAGUUUUUAGAUUUUUAUAUGUAAGAAUAAUGCAUCUAAUAUCAUGUAAGAAGUGCACAUCACGGCAUAUGUGCACAACUCGAUGAGUACUUCGAUUGCAUAUUUGGCAGUUAAAUCUAGUAAAUACACACACACGCGCAUACAAAUGAAUCCAACCGACCAAUCAACAACAACAAAUCUAUUGUUGUUUUGUUGAUAACGACUGAGAUAACCAGAGCCUGUGAUAACCAGACAUACCUCAUUUUAGGUAGAUCAGACUAUGCCCAUACCAUAGGUAAGUUAGCCAAUAGGGUAGUUGACUCAUAUCAAAUUUAAUAUAAACAAUAUUAAUUUCGCAUAGUACUUGGAAUAAAGAAUAGAAAUCGUUAUUAUUAAUAAAAGUUAAUAUAAAACUUAAUUUAAAAUCAUGUAUUUUUUCAAAUUUUCCAAACGCCAAAAAAGCUUUCGUCCAUUUUCAUGACGUCUCAAUGUUACUUGAUUUACUAAACGUCAAAUUAAUAUUUUCGUCAAACGCUCCGUUUGUAAGGGAUUUGUUAUAGUGACGUCAUGAAUAGGCGUUUUGGCUCGUAUUGUCUAAAAACAUAUUUAAAAACAAAAAUUUCCAUGAUAUAAUUUCACGUCUCAAAAAAAAUUGAGAAAACGAUUUUCAAUCUAGUAGAUGAUAAUGAACAAUUUAAGACCAUUUAAAAAAGUGUCAACUAGCCUAUUGUUCUUUAUAAAAUACGGUAAGGUACGUCUGGCUCUCAGUUGUCUCGUCGCGUGAUUUCCAGAGCAGUGAAUUUUGUAUGAUAUUCUAUGAAAUUCACAGUGUAUGAUCAGGCCUUAGGCGAGUUGUCCUAUGGUUUAUUACAUUAGUUGUAAAGACGAGAAAUCUUACAACUAAUCUUUGUUGACUUCGGAGCUCUGGAAAAUCAAGUCUGUCCUAUUCAGAAUUAUACCUAUAUGUGUAGACAUUAUUGAAUCCACUAAAAUAUCAACAUACAGAUAAAUUGUUUAGGAACGCAGAGAGAACAAACAUACAAAUAAAUAUUUACAUAGACACAAGAUAAAUUAUAAUUGUAACCGUCAGCGACAUUUUCAUACUGAAUGGCAUACCCCAACUUAUACGGCUAUAUUUAUAAACGUGGCCUAAGAAUUAAACCUCAAUUUUCUUAAAAAGUAAACUGUACCUAAUAACUACUAACUAAAGUUCGCUUUACUUUGUAAAAAAAAUUAGGUUUUAUCUUAAUCCAUGUUUAUGAAUAUGGCUGGUAGUUUAUUCGGUAAACGUGAGUGGGAUAAUAUACAGCACUCCACGUAUGAUGCCAUAUUAAUAGGUGAUAAUAAUUAACUGUUUUACUAAAGUGUUUUUAGAUAGCAAGGUUGACAACGGUGACAGUUGCCUUAUGACGUUCAUAAUACGACUAUUAUCGUGAAUCGCGGCAAACUUUCAUAGUGUCACCGUACCCAUGCUAUCUGAAAAACACUGUAACACAAGCAAAUUGGAUAUUGUUCGAUCCACAACCCUCGGAUGGUCGGAUCAUAUGAAAUACGUUCACGGAAAGAGUUUUGUGACCUUUCAAAUUGUUAAUUAUUAUUAAUAUUAUGUCGAUAAGAUUCGUUAAAGAUUUGAUUUCAGAUUUUAUUCUACUUGGUAUACUCCUCUACGUAGAGUACACUGUGUUCGCCAAAAUAACCCUAAAGUUUAUGUUAUUAAUGGGGUUAUAUUAAAUUUUUCAUGUCUAGAUUAUUUUUAGCAAGAUGGUCACAAACUGUUUGGAUUUUUUUUUAUUCUUUACAAGUUAGCCCUUGACUACAAUGACGGUAAGUGAUGAUGCAAUCUAAGAUGGCAGCGGGCUAACUUGUUAGGAGGAGGAUGAAAAUCCACACCCCUUUCGGUUUCUAAACGAGAUCGUACUGGAACGCUAAAUCGCUUGGAGGUACGUCUUUGCCGGUAGGGGGUAACUAAUAAAAACCACGGCCGAAGUCUCCCACCAGACCUGGAUCAAUUAUGAAAAAAAGAUGAGAGCAGGCAAAACUAAAAAAUGAAUAUUUGAGUUUAAUUUUUUCUGGUACUCCGAAAACAUUUCAUUGUCUUCAAGGGCUUUCUUUUAUUUUAUUCUCUAUUCAUACCUUAUAGGGUAAUAUUAUAGUGCUGAUGGUAAUUUAAUGGAGAUCGUGUUAUUCCAUAUAUCGGUAUACUCUAAGUAGAGGAUGUAACGGAAUCGUUUAAAGUUAAAAGUGUAUGGCGCGUGUAAAAUGUUAGAAUAUAUCGAGAGAUUGAAAUUUAAGCAAAUAAAAGAGAAAAUAAAUUCUAAAUCAGUCAAAUGGACAUAUUUUCUUACUUGUUCGGUAAAGGUUUUCACGGAAAAUUUUAAAUCGUAUUUUGAAUUUUGUAAAUAUUAUUAUUACAAUAAUAUAAUUAAUUAUUAUGAGAGUUAUAUCGAUUUAUUAUUACGAAUAAGGAAUUUUUGAUAUUCACUUAGAUUUCAUACUUUCGCGUAAAAUUAUUUUUUACGAUAUUCAUUAAUAGAUUAUAGCAAUAUAAAAUAUGCCUUACAUAAAGUCGCGCUAACAAAGUGUAGCUUCCCAUGAAUGCUAUUAGAUUAAAAAAUAUAUUUGCGCAUUCAUUGCGUGGUUCGUAGUAGUGGCUCAACUCGACGCCUUGCCGGUUGUUUAAAGGCGAUGUCUUAUUAGUGAGUUGCGUUGCAAUGCGUCAUAUACUUCAAAUGAUGUGCAACGUUAAAGCGUUGCGUUGUCACACGUGAUGUUACAACGGAUCGGCGAACGACAAACGAAGGGGGUGCAUGAUAAGCUGCACUGUUGGGUUGCUAUAACAAACAGUGUUUCACUUGCUUCGAUCCAUUGUUGUGACUGACUGGGUGCGUCCAUCGCCCUUUUGCGGUGCGAUCUACCACUCAACGUAGAUGUGGCAUACAACGCGUUUAUCUAUUGCAACGACGCAACGCAACGCACUAAUGAGGCAUCUCCGUGAUACGGUGCGACCCUUUCGCAACUGCAUUGCGAGACAUUAGAGCUAUUCGUUUUACUUAUAUAAAGAUGAUAUUGCUAAUCGUUUCUUACGUGUUAAAAGUUAUGAUACAUAGUUAUUUUCAUUUAGUAGUGAUCGGUUUAGAAUACCUGACAGAGUGUUUUAGUUUUCUACACAUAUAAAACAAUAGUGCACUUUGAAACCUUUACCUAUUCGUUCGUUUUAUAAAAAUGAUAUUGUUAAUCGUUUCUUUCGAGUUUGAAAGUUAAAAUAUAAAUUUAAUGCAAAUAAACGAAACAUGGUGUGGAGAUAUUUGCAAAAGUAUCUAAUCUCGCGUCUUGGAUUGUAUUGAAGUUCUGCUAAUAAUUACCUUGUUGAUGGACUGUACAAUGACUUUAGAUGAACUAUUUACAAGACACUAUUAUAAUUGUUGUUAACUUCUGCUUUUAUUUAAACAUUAUUCGAAUUUCGCCGGAUUUUAAAUUUGUCAUAGUUUUAAUUUAAUUCUAUUAUAGACUACAAGUCCAUGGACAAAAUUAACUAAUAUAUUGAACAUGAUGUCAUACAUUUGUAGGGAUAGGGUUGUGACCCUGGUGUUUCGACCCGUGCGUUGGAAAUAUGUAAGGAUCUGUAUAUGUGUACAAAAGGAAUUGCACAAAUGCCGUACAGUAAUAAAUGACCUAUAUUGUUUCUACAAUUAUCGGCAUCAGCACUGACUUCUUAUUCCGGUACCACCACUUAUUUACGGCACUAGGAUUUUCGACAUUUAUUUUUAAUCAUCUAUACACUAUAAGAAAGCCGUACAUAAAUAAUUAGUCGCAAUUCCUCAUUUGUACCUGAGAUAUUCCAUACACUCACGUACUUACCUGUACCGCUCAGAAGUGACGACAUAAUGCUCAGAGUUAUUUUCUGAUAUAGUAACAGCCUUCUAAGCGUUAUUCACGUUGGUUCAUUUCACAGUUUAAUUUUUUCCUAGGGCUUGUAGUCUAUUUGCCUUUCGAGGUUGAAAAUUAAACGAAAUUAAAAACUACAUGGUCGUGAUAAAAUCUGAAAAUUAUUGCUGAUUGAAUUGAAAGGAAAUAACUUUUUAAAAAUCUAUAUUAGUAAAAAAAGAGUUAUUAGAGUUUUUAAAAGUUUUUUCCAUGUCUUGAAUUUUAUCUGUAUAUAUAGUGGUUUUAUACAAAUUUUUAUUGUUUUUAUGUAUUAGAACGCAAUAAUACAAAAUAUUUGUUAGUGAAUUAUAUGUGAUGUGCAAUAAAGCCGUUAAUAAAAGCAUAAUAAUAAAAAUGCAAUUUAUGAUAACAUUAAAAUCAGUAAACAUUUGAUGUAAAGUCAAUGUUGAGGCUUAAAGUCGUAGAUUUCGAGUAUUUCGAGUAGCAGUUUUUAUAAUACUUACUACCAAAUUAUUUGUAGAAUGUUGAAAAUACCCACUCAUGGGCUAUCAACAACUUUUUGGAUAAUUCAUAAAUAAAUUAUUUUUGAAAAAAAUAUUUUGAAUGGACAAUAUUCGUCCACUUUCACUUUUAUAAUAAUAUUGUUUCACAAACUGUCUGUGCAGUUAACGUGAGUGUGCGAAUCCGGAGACAUGAAUUUUAUUGUGCUUCGUAUGGUUGCGUUUCUCUAAGAGAAUAUAUAAUAUAUAUACUCUUAUUAUUUUAUGUGUUAGGAGUAUAUAUAAGAUAUGAUAUAUGUAUACGCUAUAAGAUACAGUACCGAUUAUAAUUCUCAAAGAAUUGAGAUCGACGUGCGUCGGCUCUCUUGGCCUUGUAAAAUAAAUUUUGCCUUUUUCAUAAUUAUGAUAUGCUUAUUUUUACAUCGCUUGAUUUAGUUUAAUAAUCUUUUUUAUACAUUUUUUUAUAUAAAAAUGUAAAACAUUACAUUUCAUGUUAGGUUAAGUUGUAAUAGACGUUACAAUUUUUUUAUUAACAACUUUCCGAUUUCGUCUUAAGAAAUAAAACAGCAUCUCCGCCUCAGCUUUAAAAUGAUAAAAGAUUAUUUAACAUCUAACAAAAAGUAAAAAAUCAGUUAUAAGCUGCUACGUCAACAUCGACAGAUAAUAAUUAUUCGUUAUUUUAACGAUCGUAUCAGCAAUAAUAGAAUAAAAUAAUGAUAAACUUUAAUGAAUUCAAGUUCCUUUACUUUUCUAAACCAAGUAAAAUCAUAAUUAUAGGUUUAGGUAUAGGAUUCUUUUACAUGUAAUUCUAGAAUUGGAUAUAUUUGGAUUUUAUUUUAUUAAUUUCCUUUUUUAUAAAUAUGUGCUAAACAAUAUCAAAAAUCUCUCCAAAGAAUGUACACUACAAUAAUCGCUCAAUAACUACUGCCUAUAUUCUUGAUAAUAUGAAAUCCAUCCGAACCAGGGCAUUUAUUGUAAACAUAUUAUUAUCUGUCGAUACUAUGCUACAUGUCGUAUAUUUUUUUAAUAUAUAUUUUUUUAAUUUUAAUAUAGUGUUAAUAUUAUUAGAUGUUAGCGUGUGCAAGUCUUAGUGGUUAAGUUAGAUGUUAGAUAGGAGCACUUCCCGCCCGCGCUAAACCUUUCAACCCCGUAGGACCAAUCCAAUAGUUUGGCAUUUUGGAUAGCUCCUAUUUGGCCCAGAUAAAUAUUUGCUCACGCAUAUCCUGUUCAAACUUUGUGGAUAUAAUAUUCAUGGCGAAUCGGACAAAAAUAUGAACAAGUAUUACAGUGCCCCUGUAAUACUUUUCAGAAAUAUUGGACGAAUGUCUUAGUAAUCCAUGGAUUCACUGUGCCGGGUCCAUCGUGUGGUAGAGAGAAAAACUCCGAGCAGAGUCAUGGAUUUGUGACUACAGGAUGUAGGGUUAAGGAAUUCCUUGACGAUCGAUCAACACUCUCCUCCUCCACUCGUGUUGUUCUCCCUGCCUAGCCAAAUUUGGUAAGAUAAUAAGCAGCUUUGAAUACCCGUUCUAAUAUAGAACUUGCUGCAAGUUACAGAGAAACAAACCAAACACGCAGCUAUUUUUAGUACAAUAUUUAUUCACUUUUAUACUGUGGUCUUUCGGAAUGUUAGUUUCCCUCGGCACGGUGAAAUACUACGACUGUAAAACCGAUUUUUGCACAAUAAAUAAAGAAAGAUAUUUAAAAUCAAGUAGUAACCUUGUCGGACACUUUUUAGAGGACAUAUUUGUCAUCGGAUGCGCCAAAAAUUGAAGAUGUCUUGGAAGGAAGCCGCCAUGAUUCGCGUCGUACAUACUUUCGUUUGACUCGCCAUGAACAUAGCAUUCACAAAAUUUGAGAUGUGUAGUCGUUAAUAAAUAUUUUGUUCCUGGGCCCAAACACUAUAUGAUAAUAUAACUCUAUCACGUCGGUCUCACUAUGAUCGUACAAAUGAAAUGCUAUAUGCUUCCACAUAUGGAGUCGUCUUUUAUAUUUAAAACGACUCAUUUAUUUCUCUUAUUCCUAUUACGUACAAAAUUAAUCGCAGUCAAAAGUAUUGACUCUUUAAAAGCAAUUCGACGAAAGUUCUAUUAUCAUGUGCAUUUAUUAGAUUAGUAAAAAAUAAACUAAAGUCUAAAAGUAAACAUUAGUGCACAUCUGAUGUUGUUAAAAACUAAAAUUGAUCGCGAUUUACAACUAACUAUUACUAAUGAAUCGAGUUAUACAACUUACUAUUUAUUAGCUUAAGUUAUUAGUUAUUCGGCAUUUUGAUGAAGACGCAUUCUAACGGUAGUUUAACUGUCACGACUAUUUGUGAAGGCUGGUAAACUUUCGUCGAACCUAAAAUAUGAAUGAGUUUAGCUUAAACCAAAGAGUACUGUGUAUACAUAAUUGAAGAAAUCCUCUGCAAUAACACCAUAUAUUCCACUUCGCGCGAGCGAUUCGUGUUCUACUCGUAUUUCGCUCUAGACUACGAUGUCCUAUCUCCGCCGCCCUACUAGUACGCAGUUCGGUUCCAAACCGAAUCGUAACUAUUCGGGUAUAUCUAAAAAACCAUAAAAGGUUACUAGUGUCAUGAUUUUUAUAAAAAAGUAGUCUUUGCUCUCUAUAUUUUUAUUCUGUGGAUAAAAUCUGUAGUCUGUGAAAUGAAAAUGACAGGUCCGAUGUGAUUGGAUGUUACAAAAGGCGCCAUUUAUUGUAAGACCAAUAGGAACGUUUGGUGGCAAAACGAGAGAUUGGAGGGGUUGGUGGCGUGAGCAGUGUAAGAAGGGAGAAAAAAGAUGGAUCAUUCGGGGAAGUGUGGUGUUGAGAGGUGGUUUUGGUGAAACAGUGGAACAGUAGAGAUAUUAUUAUUUAAUUUGUAAUUGUAAAAGGUGGAAUAAAGUGUUGUAAGAAACUAGCUAGAGUAUAAUUUUCAUCACAAUUCAGAAGUGACACGUAAUCCACGCAGGCCCACAAUUGAAGGUACGUAAUCUAUUUCUUGAUCAUUUUAGUUACUUGAUGUGCAUAGAGGUGUGAUUAUUAAGGAUUUUAAUCUUAAUAGCGAUAAAAAACUAAAAUCUUCGGGCUAUGUAUUAUGGACAAACGGCUUAAAGUGUGAAAAUGCCUAGCUUUGACAAUGAAACAGUUAUAACGGCAUUAAAUUAAAUUUUUUAUUAGUUCUAGCCAAAUUAGGCUAAUCUAUGAUAACGUACAGCCAGUUUAGUUUUGUUAAUUAUAGAUGUGAAUAAUAUUAAUUGCUACCCUCAAAUUAUCAAUAUAGACAUUGUUGCCAACAAUUGUUUCGACGAAGUUAUCGCUUUUAUUAAUUAUCAAGAUUUUGAUUCACGUUUAUUUGUACGAUUUUAUUAGUUAUUAACUCGAGGUUGAUACCGUACCUACCCUCAAUUAACCAAUAUUAUAGAAAAAUUUCAUUUGGUCAACUACUUUCCAAUAAAUUGAUUUAAUAUUUUUUUUAUUAAGAACCGUAAUCAUUGAUAGUUGUGAAUGGUUGAGUUGACGUUUGCUGUUAGUAAUCUUUAGAGACUGUGUAAAAAUAUAAUCAAGUUUCCAUUUUAAAGAAGUCUAUACCUAGUCACUCAUAUUAUUAAGAUUUAGUUUCAAUGGCUAUUUAAGCCACGUUUAAUAAUGCAGUUAUGUGUGCUGCGGAUAAGUUUUGAUUUGGUGAAUCACAUUUAAAAAUGCAGUUAUGUGUGCUGCGGAUAAGUGAGCAACGUUUAAUAAUGCAGUUAUGUGUGCUGCGGAUAAGUUUUGAUUAGGUGAAUCACGUUUAAAAAUGCAGUUAUGUGUGCUGCGGAUAAGUGAGCAACGUUUAAUAAUGCAGUUAUGUGUGCUGCGUAUAAGUUUUGGUUAGGUGAACCCUGUUUAAUAACGCAGUUAUGUGUGCUGCGGAUAAGCUUUGGUUAGGUGAAGCCAUGUUUAAUUACGCAGUUAUGUGUGCUGCGGAUAAGCAUUGGUUAGGUGAACCCUGUUUAAUAACGCAGUUAUGUGCGCUGCGGAUAAGCUUUGGUUAGGUUAAGCCAUGUUUAAUUACGCAGUUAUGUGUGCUGCGGAUAAGCAUUGGUUAGGUGAAGCCACGUUUAAUAACGCAGUUAUGUGUGCUGCGGAUAAGCUUUGGUUAGGUGAAGCCAUGUUUAAUUACGUAGUUAUGAGUGCUGCGGAUAAGCAUUGGUUAGGUGAACCCUGUUUAAUUACGCAGUUAUGUGUGCUGCGGAUAAGCUUUGGUUAGGUGAAGCCAUGUUUAAUUACGCAGUUAUGUGUGCUGCGGAUAAGCAUUGGUUAGGUGAAGCCACGGUUAAUAACGCAGUUAUGUGUGCUGCGGAUAAGCACUGGUUAGGUGAAGCCACGUUUAAUAACGUAGUUAUGUGUGCUGCAGAUAAGCUAUUUUUAGGUGACGCCACGUUUAUUGUGCAAUAAAGGUGACAAAAACUGUGGUUUUGUGGUUAUGUGAACCAUGAUUAGUUAUUUUAUUAUACAUUAAAUGCGUGCUGUAUCAAAUCGGUACACUAAUGAAUCUGACAGGACUUUUAAGUAUUGGUUACAAUGAAAUUAUGUAUCUGUAUAAUAAGUAAAUUUUAAAGAAAAAAAAAAGAAAAGAAAAGACUUUACUGCUAUUAGUUACGCUGAUUCGUUUAGAUAACUUUAAUACAAACAUAAAUAUAUAAUAACAAGUAACUGUCAAUUAUAGAUACUUCAUUGUCUCCGCGCCACACAUUAAAAAUUGUACGGUCUAUUAACAUUGGUUUUUGUUUUUUGUUUUUACCGAGAACAUUGAAGGCACCGGUCAUGCGAUAGUACGGCGCAGGACCAAACGCAAAGGAAAGCGUGCUUGCAAAGCGCGUAAAGAAUUCCCGCAGGCGCAAUGGGAAAUCAUCAUCGAUGAGGUCCAGCCAAGCCAGUCAGGGAUCCCAUUCGAGGUAUCCGGGCCUGUAGAGUCACCGAGCUCAUCGGCAAUGCAGCCGGAGCAGCGCCCAACAUCGGCAUCCCACUUUACGACAGAUGAGGUACUCAAAUUUAUUAUGACCAUGCAGAACAGCUCCAAUAAGAACAGAAUUUUACAGAACAAACACGUUAAUGUAAUUCGAGAUUUCGACCCAUGUAGUAGAUUGCAAAGUGUAGGUAGAUGGAUAAAAAAAGGCCAACAAAUGCUCUUAUAUUUAUGAUUGGAACUAAAAGCAAACCGUACAUUUUGCACUCCAAAAGCUGGUAGGUCUUGCAAAAAAAAUGGUUUGAAGCUUUGCCUUCUGUCAAUUAUAGUUGGGAUGAAUGGCAAGAAAAGCUUCGCAAAGCUUUUCCAGUUUUUACAAAAUUACGGUCGGCUUUUAGAGGAAAUGAAAUAAAAGAUAUUAAAAAUAAUUUCAUUUUCAAGGACAAUAAAUUGUUUCAAAAGGUAAAUGAAUUUUGGUUAUGUCUUGUGGUUCCAUGUGAUGCCCAGUUUCAAAUAUAUAAGAUUAACCAUGAUGACAUAGGACAUUUAGGAGAGACAAAUACCAUUGAAAAAUUCAAAAUUUGUAUUGAUUUCCUAAAUUACGCAAAUAAAAAUUUAUUUUAUUCAGUGUUUGAGGUAGGUGUUUUAAUUAAGAUAAUUAGAAAUAACUACUAUAACAAGGGCAAUAGCAAAAAAAAAUAAGUUCAUAGGUCCUUAUAGAAUUGAUCAAGUCGUGGGUAACAAUAAAUAUAAAAUUAGCAAUAUUCUAUAAUAAAAUAGAUGCUAACCGUUUCAGGCUAUUGUUGCAGUAGAUAGGAUAAGGCCGUGGGUUAUGUUGGCAUUUCAGAAUCUUGAAUAAACAAUACUAGAUGAUAGCACACUAGCUUUAUUGCAACAUUAAUCUCAAACGGUUAUUAAUUAGUUAUUGUUUUUUUUUUCAAGUCAAAGUAUUAUUUAUUUAUUUUAUUGAGUGUAUAAUAAUAAUAUAAUAUCGUAGGAUUUUUUUGCAAGAUUAUUACCUGUAGAUAAUAUGUUCUGUGAUUUACUCUUCUGUUACGUAAUUAAUUGUUUAAGGCAGGAAUUAUUUUAUAACAAAUUUAAGUAGAUAAGUAGGAUUUAAAUGUAAAAAAAAAUGUAUUCUAUUUUAUCUUACGAAUGUCAUGAUUCAUCAAGGUUUUAAUUAUCUUAUAAUAGGUAUAGAUAACAUAUUCAUUGUGCUUUACGCUGCUGUACCGUUAUUAGUUAAGUAAAAUUACAUAAGUAGAAUUUCAAGUAGUAGCAAUUAGCUUAAAAUAUAUUCUAUGAUUCGCAAUUUCUUAGUUAUUACAUUUCACAGAUUAAUAAUAUAGUUUCUACCUAUUUUGUGCACCGGGAGGUUGCACAAAGGCGGAUGGCCGAAUGUCAUGAUUUUUAUAAAAAAGUAGUCUUUGCUCUCUAUAUUUUUAUUCUGUGGAUAAAAUCUGUAGUCUGUGAAAUGAAAAUGACAGGUCCGAUGUGAUUGGAUGUUACAAAAGGCGCCAUUUAUUGUAAGACCAAUAGGAACGUUUGGUGGCAAAACGAGAGAUUGGAGGGGUUGGUGGCGUGAGCAGUGUAAGAAGGGAGAAAAAAGAUGGAUCAUUCGGGGAAGUGUGGUGUUGAGAGGUGGUUUUGGUGAAACAGUGGAACAGUAGAGAUAUUAUUAUUUAAUUUGUAAUUGUAAAAGGUGGAAUAAAGUGUUGUAAGAAACUAGCUAGAGUAUAAUUUUCAUCACACUAGAAUAUGGUACACUUAAGUGUAGGUGAUGCACAAAAAGUCUUAUUCGAUUCUUUGCCGAAACGGCUUCGGCUUUAGCUAAAACUGAAAAUCGUGUUUACUAUACGAGAUUGCGUAACUAGAAGCCGAAUAACUGUCGAGGAAAGAAAAACUAGUUUUAUAAUAUUGCGAAAUGUGUAAUCUUAUUAAACUUGAUGUUGUUUCAUCAGCUGAACACUAAUAUACCUAGGCGACAAUUGUACCUUCUAGCGUCAAACUAUGUAAAUACUCAGAACUGUUGUAUGCAAGCAGUUGGCAUUCCGCGACUGUCGCGGUCUUUCGUAAGAUUUCAGCUUAUUAAAAUGUUCUAAAUCUCAAGUGCCUAAUUUUGCACUAAUGAUGUGUCAAAUAGUACAAACAUACAACGCGACAGUCGCGCUGUACCUAUAAACUUACGGUCUUGCGGAUGGAAAGUGUCACUUUGCGUUCGGGAGUUCUGGGUAGUUUGACGGGAGCACGAAGCAAUACUGAGCGAUGUACAAGCUAUCGUAAUUGCAAUAAAUAAGCGCGAAAUUUUGUAGCGGCGUCAUAUCACAUUCAUUUACAAACGUGAUCACGUACGAUCAUUUAGUUUUAUACAAUUAAUGUUUAUUAUAUUACGUACCUUAGUACUAUUAUUUAAUGAAUUGUCGCAUUACUUAUACAUACCUAUAAGAUUUAUUAAUUGUUUAUGGAGUGGUCUUAUUAAAUAAAAGUGUUUUUAUUAUG